AUGGCCUCCAAUGUAAAAGUAUUGCUGGUCACUGAGCCCACGGCCAUCUCGGAAGAUACGUAUGAACGAGCGCUUGCGCUCGUUGACGUCGUCAGUCGCGAGCGCUGUGGGCGCUUCUACCACCGCGCAGACUCGUACCGUUGUCUGAUAGGCCGUCUACUUCCGCGCGUUCUUCUAGCGCGUGAAGGUGUCUCUCCGGAAUCCAUCUCCUUCGCCGAGACACCCUCUCGGAAACCGUACAUAGCUACACCAAAACUCAGCCCACCGUUAGCGUUCAACGUCUCGCAUGAUAAUGAGCUCGUUGGAAUAGCUUAUGCGCGGGGCGAACGCGAGAACAUCGGCCUUGACCUCAUGCGCGUAUCCCGCCCAAGAGGCACAUCGUACGCAUCCUUUGUCGAGUCAGUCGGAGAAGCUCUAUCCGCGAAGGAGACCAAGGCGCUUCUGUCCACUACAACACCGCAGGCAGAGUCCUGGCGCCGCUUCUAUCGCAUCUGGACGACCAAGGAGGCGUACACGAAAGCAUUGGGUUUGGGCCUUGGAUUCGACUUCGCGAGGAUCGACUGCUCGUUCCCUUCGGCAGUGAGCGGCACGCCUCCCGCGUCGCCGCAGAAAGCCGCAGAGUUUCAUUCCGGGGCGAUACCUUUGGCGGACAACACACCCCUUUCCAUCAGUGCCCUCGAGGAGGAAGAGGACAGGGUGCUUGUAGACGGCGUGCCGCCGCACGGAUGGGAGUUCCGUACCCUGGCGUUGACCGUAGCUGGAGAGUCAUAUGAGAUCGUCGCGGCGCGCGCAGGAGGGAACAGCCCCUUUGCGAUGCAUCCGAUUGACCCUCGAGACGCAGAGGUGGUCAGGGCACAGUCGUUCUUGGAAGAGGCCUUGCGUUUGCUCAGCUGA